AUGGCACAACUCUUAGUAGAGAAUAUUGCGAAAGGGCUUAUAGAAAAUCAAGAGAAUCUGACGGAAAUCACGGCCUCCUCGUUCAGCAACUACACGAACCUUCGCCAGCUAACGAUCGUGAACAGCGGCUUGGAACGAAUAGAUCCGCAGGCGUUCAAGAACAACCGCUAUCUCCAGAUGCUGAAACUGUCUAAUAACCACAUCAAGACAUUGUCAUGGGAGACACUGGACGACCAGCCGACCGUGAGUCUCUCGGACGAGAUCGUGAGCGUGAGAGAGGGCGACAGCGUGACGGUGACGUGUGACAGUGCUGGCACACCCGCGCCGACCGUCGAGUGGAGUCUGCACAAUAUAACGACGGAGCUGACGCUAGACGCCGAGCAGCGACGCAACGGCACGCGCACGACGCUGAUCAUCGCCAACGUCACCGUCAGAGACAACGGUUACGUCACGUGCAUCGCCAAGAACAUCGUCGGCAAGCAGGAGGGCACGUUUCGCCUCAACGUCUCCGGCCCGCCUCAGAUUAUCAUGCUGAAUGAACCAAGCACGAACUGCGACUUGAUCGCCUGCAUAGAAUACGCUGUCGUUGGGAAUCCGAUGCCGGUGAUCGAAUGGUUUAGAGACGGCCGGCGGUUAGCGAAAGGCAAGAACCCCCUCGAUAGAACGUACGCACGCCAGGUGGACAUCAAUGUCAUCAGAGGCUAUCUGGGAUUUCAGAGCAACAUUGUGAAGCACAACGGAAACUAUACGAUCAGUGUCACGAAUCGGUACGGAUCGGUGAAUCGAACACAGGAAGUCGUACUGCUUAGCGGCGCACCAUCCGUUCACCCUGGUCCCAGAGAUGAGCUAGCUAUGAUGCCCGGAUCCUACUUAUCCAAGGACCGACCUCCCAUGUCAGGCGGAUCACUACUCUCUGAUUCCGCGUCCUACUUCGACGACAUUUACACGGAUGGAAAUGACCGGAAAACCCUGACGGUGUACAUCGCCAUCAGCGCCGCGGUCGGCGCUACUCUCAUCAUCGCCAUCAUCGCCAUCGUCGUCGGCCGCUGUUACUGGACCCGCCUGAAGCGGCGGCGGAAUGAUUCGGACGAGGCGGCGCACAAGUGCAAAAAAAUAGUUCGUAACGAGACAAUACCGCUCGUCUACAACCCAAACUACCAAGGCUCCGGCUCCAAGGACAAACAAGGACUCGCGAUCUGCCACCUAUCUCGGGAGAAGAUACAGUUCGUACGAGAGCUAGGCGAGGGGGCGUUCGGUCGGGUAUUCCUCGGCGAGUGCUUCCAUCUGGCGGGAGAAAGUCCGACCCUGGUCGCUGUGAAGACGCUGAAGUGUCAGUCGGCUGAGAACGCGCUGCACGAAUUCAUGGCCGAGGCGGACAUCAUGAAUCGCUUACAGCACGAGAGCAUCGUCACCUUCCACGGCAUCUGCAUCGACGGGGACCCGCUCAUGAUGGUGUUCGAAUACAUGAAGAACGGCGAUCUCAAUAACUACCUCAGAUCUCGAGGACCGGACGCUAAGCUCCUGUCGAAGAGUCAGUGUCCUUCGUUCAAUGAGCUCAGCUCCGUAGAACUGAUACACGUCGCCAUCCAAAUUGCGUCGGGCAUGCAGUACCUGUCGUCGCAACACUUCGUUCAUCGUGAUCUGGCGACAAGAAACUGUCUCGUCGGCGACCAACUCUCCGUGAAAAUCGCGGAUUUCGGAAUGUCUCGCGACAUUUACAGUAACGACUAUUAUCGGAUCGGAGGUCAGACGAUGCUUCCGGUGCGCUGGAUGCCACCGGAAAGCAUAUUGUACCGGAAAUUUACGACCGAGUCCGACGUGUGGAGCUUCGGAGUGGUACUGUGGGAAAUCUUCACGUUUGGCAAGCAGCCGUGGUAUGAGCUGGCCAACCAUGAGGUAAUCGACCACAUACAAUGCGGUCACAUCCUCAGCCGUCCGACCAUGUGUCCAGAACACAUCUACCAGCUGAUGCUGCGAUGUUGGAGUAAGAAGCCCGUCGAUCGCAUCUCCAUGUCAGAUCUGCAUCGCCAGCUGCAGCAUCUUAGCAAGCACACGCCCGAAUACCUCGAUCUGAUCGCGUAGUGACGAUCACACCGUCCACGAGAACUCACCCAUCCGCCUCGAUAACUACACACACAUUGGUCGCGAGAGAAUCGUGCACGCGGGCCCCUCUUUUUUGGAUGUUGUUGCUAUAUUGUACUAGGUCGGUGAAGCGAUUAUACGCGUGUUUCUCACGCGUGCACGCCACGUUGUCAACUACGCGACACUUCGUCGUCAAGCAUUGUCGUUUAGAACGUCCAAGCGCGACAAUGCAUGCAUCUGCAACAGCUGUUUCCUAAUGACACCAUGCGUUAAGGUAAUACUGUGCUUAUGUGUGUCAGUGAGAAAUCGAGCAGUCAAUUAUGCAGAAGAAUUGAUGACUCACCGCAGAGGAAUGUGUCGAGGGCAAGAGGAUGGAAUUUUAUCCUCUGCGUUCGAAGACCGGUGAAUACGUGAAUCUCACUAAUACAGAGUGCUGUGAAGUUGCUGAUAUGAACGUAUAAUUUCCGAAAGUGAAAGAGCACAUUUUACGCGCCGAGUGAUAUAUGAACUGAAGUAGUGAGUCAAUAACGGGCCGGUGCGGCGUACCCUGUACUCCAUUCCACGCUGUACAUUCUAUAUUUUCGAGAUUGGUAAUGUGAUGCUGUGUCCAUGCGUGUCAAACAGAAAACCGAGCGGUCCGCGGUCUGCGGGAACUAUCGCACGCUGCGAGACAGUCUGUUUUAUCACCAAGUACUUUUUUUCCAAACGUAAGAAUUGUGGCGUUGCUUAUUCCCAAGUUCCCGGGGAUGGCCGUAUCUGCAAUAAGGUGUAAUUGCACGUAUAUUAAUCUGCUACUGGUUAGAGCAUGCGCACCUAUAUUCGUUUUGCUCGAAUAUACCCCCCUACAUAUAACUUUUAAUGUAUUUUAUUGUUUGAUUGAGCUUGAUAUCCGCAGCUACCUAUCUGUCUAUAUUCUGGGUUUACUGCGACUGCGGAAUGCUUGAGUGCAAUCUUGGUGCAAUGUAAUUGCAAUAGAGGCACGUGCUGAUAAGACCGGGUAGGCCUAUAUCACAUCUUUCUACACCAUGAAAACAGCAAUGACAAUACAGCAAACCACAACAUAAUACAAUACAAUGGUGGCAAUUCUCUAGUAAGUUGAUCUCAACAUCAACCAAACCGUAGCAUGGGCAUGGUAUGUACGCCGAGAUGUUAAUCUUAUACCGUAUAACAGGUUGUUCGCCACUUGAUAUGUGUGUACAUAUCGUGAGCGCGUACAUUCGCCGUAGUUAACGUAUAUACACGCGGUCAUUGCCAGACUUGUAGCCGCACUAUAGCGUUCUAACCGGUCAUCAGAUUCCAGGAUCGGAUGAUAUCACGGUAUUUCUUCGUGGUGUGCUGUUCGCGUUUCUACCGCGGGGUCCGCGUACGAGUAUGAUGAUCAUGCAUCGAACGUAUAUAUGAUGGUUAUUGCAAUACCGUAGUGAAAUAUAUCUCGUGCAGUGAUGUCCAUAAUUGUAUGAUGAUGUUGGAAUUAGUAUACGCCACGAUCAUCAUCGUAAUCAGCGGUGUUCCCUGCAGGAUCAUAUUUAUAACGACUCGCCAAUUGGUUUUGCUUCUAUAUUAUUAUACUGUUGUCGGAUGGCACAACAUGGUUGCCGUUUAUAGCUGAUCGUGUUUGUAAAUAUAUUUAUUCCUGAGCGCUGAGCUAAGCUAGAGCUA